UAGUUAACAUUUGAAUAUAUUAAUAGACUGCAUAAGGUCCAAAGUUCAUAACGAAGUUUAGAUAGAAUUUAAUAUCUUAAAUCCCUUUGUUUGAUAAAGUGUAGUGAAGUGAGUGGCGUAUGGCAUUCCCAACGGAAACGGGUUCGAUUCUCUGGCUGCGAACAGUGGACUCAUACAGAUCAACAUGAACCCAGAAGGUGGUGGUGAAGAUGCGGCCGCCACCCCUACCACCCCAGCCGCGAACCAAACGCCGGACGCCGGCCCCCUGGUCCCCAUACCCGUGGCCCCCCGCAAGCCAGCGCGGAGGGGGGCCAAGGUUCAGCAGGAGAGGCCCAAGAGGGCGCUCUUCUGUCUCACUCUGAAGAACCCGUUGAGGAAGCUGUGCAUUGACAUCGUUGAGUGGAAACCGUUCGAGUGGAUGAUCCUGACGACAAUAUUCGCGAACUGCGUGGCGCUGGCGGUCUACACGCCAUUCCCAGCGAGCGACUCCAAUUACACCAACUGGGUUUUAGAAAAGAUCGAAUACAUAUUCCUGGUGAUAUUCACGGGGGAAUGCGUCAUGAAGAUCAUAGCGUACGGGUUCGUCAUGCAUCAGGGCUCAUAUCUGAGAAACGGCUGGAAUCUGCUCGACUUCACGAUUGUUGUUAUUGGUAUGGUGAGCACGGUGUUGUCGAGUAUAUUCAAGGACGCUUUCGACGUGAAGGCGCUCAGGGCUUUCAGAGUACUCCGGCCACUGAGGCUCGUCUCUGGAGUGCCCAGUCUGCAAAUCGUGCUGAACUCGAUCCUGAAGGCGAUGGUGCCGCUGCUCCACAUUGCGCUGCUGGUCAUCUUCGUCAUCAUCAUCUACGCCAUCAUCGGACUGGAGCUGUUCUCGGGGAAGAUGCACAAGUCGUGCUAUAGCAGGGUUUCAGGUGAAAUAAUGGACAACGCUCACCCCUGUGAUACGGAUAACGGCUUCAACUGCUCUCUCCUCGGGGACGAGAUGGAAUGUCGUGAGGGUUGGAUCGGACCGAACUUCGGUAUCACCAAUUUCGAUAAUUUCGGUCUGUCCAUGCUCACGGUCUUUCAAUGCAUUACUCUUGAGGGCUGGACGGAUGUCAUGUAUAAUAUUCAAGAUGCGAUGGGCAACAGUUGGGAGUGGAUAUAUUUUGUUUCGAUGGUCAUAUUGGGUGCUUUUUUCGUCAUGAACCUAAUUCUCGGUGUGUUGUCUGGAGAAUUUUCAAAAGAAAGAGAAAAAGCUAAGAAUCGUGGUGAUUUUCAAAAGUUAAGAGAGAAGCAGCAGUUGGAAGAAGAUUUAAAAGGAUAUCUAGAUUGGAUCACGCAAGCUGAAUAUUUGGAACCACUUGCUGAUCAACAUGACACUGUGGACCAAAAAAGAGAUUACGGCAUUGAGUUUUUAAAUCAAACACAAAACGAGCAUGAUUCGACAGACCACUUAGGAAUAGACGCUCCAGAGCAACAAAAAGUGUCUAUCGGGAAAAUAUGGAAGAAAGAUUUUGAUAAGGUAAAUCGUCGAAUGAAGCGUGCAUGCAGGCGUGCCGUCAAAUCACAAACUUUUUACUGGCUCAUCAUCGUGCUUGUAUUCCUCAACACCGUGGUUCUUGCCAGUGAACAUUAUCACCAGCCACCCUGGCUAGACUACUUUCAAGAGUACGGGAACGCAAUUUUUGUGGCACUCUUUACUUUAGAAAUGUUAGUUAAAAUGUACAGCUUAGGAUUACAGGGUUACUUCGUCUCAUUGUUCAACCGCUUUGAUUGCUUCGUGGUGAUCGGGUCGAUCAGUGAGAUGGUACUAACGAAGACGGAGCUGAUGCCACCACUCGGCAUAUCCGUGUUGCGCUGCGUGCGACUGCUGCGUGUGUUCAAGGUCACCAAAUAUUGGCGAUCACUAUCCAACUUGGUAGCGUCGCUGCUCAAUUCAAUCCAGUCUAUCGCAUCGCUGUUACUGCUGCUCUUUCUUUUCAUCAUGAUAUUUGCGCUGCUCGGCAUGCAGGUGUUUGGAGGCAAGUUUAACUAUGAUCCCGUGGAGGAGAAGGAUCGACAUAACUUUGAUUGUUUUUGGCAGGCGCUUCUCACCGUAUUUCAGAUUCUGACGGGAGAGGACUGGAACGCUGUGAUGUACGAGGGAAUCAAGGCAUACGGUGGCGUCGGUACCUUCGGCAUACUGGCCUGCAUUUACUUUAUCAUCCUCUUCAUCUGCGGUAAUUAUAUUCUCUUGAACGUGUUCUUGGCUAUUGCCGUGGACAACUUGGCUGAUGCUGAAUCAUUGACGAAUAUCGAAAAGGAAGAAGGUCAAGCCGUAGAAGAAAAAGAAGGAGUUGAAGAAGGUGUGGAAGGCAUCCUCGCAGAAACUGAUGACGAAUACAUACACGAUGACGAUGCCUACACCACCGAUAACUCGGAAAGGGAAUACGAAGAGAUGGGGUCAGAGGGUGACCAACAAGAAGAGAUCGAUGGAGAGAGCGAUGAAGGGAUUAUGGACGAAGAAAAUGAAGAGAGAAUCGAAGAGGAACAAGAAGAAAUGGAAAGCCAUCAAAGAAAUCAUAUAGUGAACACAGAGUACGAGGAUGAGCCGCGAUUGAAACGUAAGCCGACGACGUCAUCGGCGAGGCCGCGGCGCCUUUCCGAGGUCGAUAUCCAAAGCUCGGCCAAACCCAUCCCCGAUGCCACUUCCUUCUUCAUAUUUUCUAAAACGAACAGGUUUCGCGUAUUCUGCUACAAGAUGUCAGCGUCGUCCACGUUCGGCAACAUUAUCCUGGUUUGCAUCAUGUUGUCAUCUGCCAUGUUGGCUGCAGAGGACCCUUUGGAUGCUGCACAGAAAGGCUUUCGGAAUUGGCUGCUGAGUCAAUUCGAUAUAUUCUUCACGGGCAUCUUCACUCUGGAGCUGUUCUUGAAGCUGAUCACGUACGGCCUUCUUCUCCACCAGGGUGCCUUUCUGCGCUCCGCCUUCAACGUGCUCGACAUGCUAGUUGUUUGCGUCUCCCUCAUUUCUAUGAGCUUUAAGUCCGGGAGUAUAUCUGUAGUAAAAAUAUUGCGAGUGUUCAGGGUGCUGAGGCCUCUGAGGGCUAUCAACAGGGCCAAAGGCCUUAAGCACGUUGUUCAGUGCGUGAUCGUUGCAAUCAAAACGAUCGGCAACAUUUUGUUGGUUACAUCCUUGCUCCAAUUCAUGUUUGCGGUCAUGGGAGUGCAAAUGUUCAAGGGUAAAUUCUUUAGAUGUAAUGACAUUUCUAAAAUGACAAAAGACGAGUGUCGAGGAACAUAUUUAGUUUUCGAAAAUCGUAAUUAUGUAGUUAGAGAUAGAGAAUGGAAGAGGAAUGAAUUCCAUUUUGAUAAUGUAAUGAAAGGGAUGCUCACUCUCUUCACGGUAUCCACUUUUGAAGGAUGGCCAGGGUUACUGUACGUGUCUAUAGAUUCGAAUGCCGAAGAUCGGGGACCCAUUACUAACUUCCGUCCAAUUGUUGCAGCCUACUAUAUAAUUUAUAUUAUAAUAAUCGCCUUCUUUAUGGUAAAUAUAUUCGUCGGUUUCGUCAUAGUGACAUUCCAAAAUGAGGGCGAGCAAGAGUAUAAAAACUGUGAACUAGAUAAGAACCAAAGAAAUUGUAUAGAAUUCGCCCUAAAAGCAAAACCAAUUAGAAGGUAUAUCCCUAAGCACCGUAUUCAGUACAAAGUGUGGUGGUUCGUGACGUCACAGCCGUUCGAGUACGCGAUAUUCGUACUGAUCAUGAUAAAUACUAUAACUCUCGCCAUGAAGUACCACAACCAACCACCCGAGUACAGCAAAGCGUUGGACAUGUUAAACAUGAUCUUUACUGCUGUGUUCGCGUUAGAGUUCAUUUUUAAACUCGCCGCCUUUAGAUUUAAGAAUUACUUCGGUGACGCGUGGAACACAUUCGACUUCAUCAUCGUUUUAGGUAGCAUCAUAGACAUCGUGGUCUCACAAGUAAACGAACUCAAGAAUCAGGGAAGUGGGUUGCCAAGAGCGCACGUUGUCAAGGAGAGCUCCAUACCAUCUAUAAACUUCUUUCGUCUCUUUCGGGUUAUGAGGCUGGUAAAGCUUCUCUCCCGAGGGGAAGGCAUAAGAACACUUCUCUGGACAUUCAUCAAGUCCUUUCAAGCUCUACCCUACGUAGCACUUCUUAUUCUCAUGCUGUUUUUUAUAUACGCUGUGGUUGGGAUGCAGGUUUUUGGAAAAAUCGCAAUCGACGACGACACGCCUAUCACAAGAAAUAACCACUUUCAAACAUUUCCCCAAGCUAUAUUGGUUUUAUUCCGAUCUGCUACCGGGGAAGCGUGGCAAGACAUAAUGAUGGGUGUGUCGCCGGAGCCGGAUGUGCAUUGCGAUAAUAAUUACGAGGAGGAGGGGGAGGAUGACAGCAGUGGCUCAUGUGGCAGUGUCCUUGCCUUCCCAUAUUUCAUAUCCUUCUACGUUCUAUGUUCAUUUCUCAUUAUCAAUUUAUUUGUCGCUGUCAUUAUGGAUAAUUUCGACUAUUUAACGAGAGACUGGUCAAUAUUGGGACCACACCACUUAGAUGAAUUUAUAAGACUUUGGAGUGAAUAUGAUCCUGACGCAAAGGGUCGAAUUAAACACUUAGAUGUAGUUACUUUAUUAAGAAAAAUUAGUCCACCUUUAGGGUUCGGUAAACUGUGUCCGCAUCGCGUGGCGUGCAAACGACUAGUGUCCAUGAAUAUGCCUCUCAACUCUGAUGGCACUGUUCUCUUCAAUGCAACGCUGUUUGCCGUCGUUCGAACCUCGCUAAAGAUCAAAACCGAUGGAAAUAUCGACGACUGUAACACGGAACUUCGAGCUGUAAUCAAAAAGAUCUGGAAACGAACUUCACCCAAGUUACUAGACCAGGUGGUACCACCUCCUGGAGAUCCAAAUGAGAUUACGGUCGGCAAGUUUUAUGCAACCUUCCUCAUCCAAGAUUACUUUAGAAGGAAUCACGCGUUCAAAAAGCGGAAGGAACAGGAGAUGAGGCAGAAUGAUGAGCAGUGUCACCAAAUGACACUACAAGCAGGUCUGAGGACAUUGCACGAAGCUGGGCCAGAACUAAAGCGAGCCAUAUCUGGGAAUCUCGAUGUUGAUAUUGUUGGAGAUACCGAUGUACCUAUGCAUAGGAGAAAUCAUUCGUUAUUCGGUGGAGUAUGGUCCAGUAUACGAAGGCACGGCCCUAACAGACAUUUUCCGAGACAUCGAAAACAAGGUGAAGGACCUCCAGAGGCUGUCGGCAAUCACUUAAGCUCGAUGAUGCAGCGGGAAUACGGAGUAUCGAAUUUGCCUUUAGCUCCCAAUUUAGCUAACGGACAGCCGAAAGAGCAAAUACCAUUGAGACCAUUAAUAUUGAAUGGAGAGUCAGAAAAAAUAUACCAGGUGCUCGAAACAACAACGAAUGAUCUAAAGAACGCUAUUUACAAAGUAGGCGGUAAUACCGGACGCGGGGUGGUGUCGCUUCCCGGCAGUCCCAGGAACACGUCCUCGGUACCCGUGGUGGGGUCUGCUGAGAGCCUGGUUACUAGGGUGCUAGCUGAACAAGGUCUAGCAGAGUACUGCGAUCCGGAAUUUGUAAGAAACACCUCGAGGGAAAUGCAGGAGGCACUUGACAUGACUCAAGAGCAAAUGGAUAGAGCGGCACAUCAACUAAUGAUACAAGAGAGAAACUUAAAGCAAGUUCAAAACCAACAGCCCCAAGUGGGUAAUAUUUGGGAUUUUGUAGGGCGAGAUCCUAGCCCGCCAGCACCACCCCUUCCACCAGCCGGCAGUGCAGCAGCCCUGCAAGCGGUUAUAGCACCGACACAAAAUGGCGUCCAGCAUGGCGCCGGCAGACGUCAUCCUCACCACAGAAGAAAGAGAAAACGCAAGCCGGUGCUUGUUUAGACACUACCAAAUACCUUGCGUUCUUAUUUUUACAGUCUGAUUAUAAAAUAUGCUCAAUCGUCUUUUUUGUCAGGGCCCUAACUCUCUGUGACAUUGAAAUCGUAACCACGGUAGUUUAUCUAAUUCUGUAACGUUUAAUUUUUAUUUUUUGAAAUCACAAACUCUAAUUACAAUUUAAGCGUCGCAGCGAUUAUGGGCCCUAGUAGUGCCAAUUCUAUACUAGACAACUCUCUAAAAUAUAUUUUAAUUGAUAUGACCAAAGAUAAUGCUGUCUUUUUCUACAAAGAACAUAGUGAAAAGGAUGGCACUCUUUUUAUAAAUGUCAUUAAAGUUUAAUUUAGAGAUUUGUACAGAAUCGGCGCUGAUACCUUCGUAUGUUAGAUCUUGGCCUUUUGGCAGUUUAUAAAUAGCGAAUCGAACAGGAGGAUCAAAUUAGGUACUAUGAAUUGUAAUACUGUAUUUCUUGGGGACUGUGAAAUGCUAAACACAGUUGAAAGUGAGAUUUGUAGUUCCGUAGGUAUUUUAUAGUAAAGAUAAGAUUAAUGGAUUAGGGUGAAACAAAAACUAUGAUAAUGGUGCAAAUAUCGUUCGACAUAAGUCUCUGAACGAAACUAAAUUGACAGGUUUACAAGUAGUUAAUGCUUCU